CCUCCACACAACACAAGAGAGCUAAUUUUCUUGUGCGAUUACCACCCCGUCUGUUUUCUACACUGCUUCGUUGCACCUAUACCAGUGGCUAGGAACUGCCUUGACCGCGUGUCAGGUCUCUUCUAUACUUAUGACAAUGCAAUUGACUCCCCUCUAGCCUGUGCCAGAUCUUCUGCCUGUUCUCGUCUGGCAUAGGCGUCCUCAACGCCCAAUAUUGUCUCAAAAUGGCGACCACUUCGUCGUUGUUCAUGUACUCGCUGACAAUCCAACCGCCUACAGCAAUUACUCAAGCAAUUCUGGGCCAGUUUGCAGGGACUAAGGAGCAGCAGAUUGUCACUGCGUCUGGUUCAAAGCUCACAAUACAUCGCCCUGACCCGACACAGGGAAAAAUCAGAUCUCUUUUUUCCCAAGAUGUUUUUGGUAUCAUUCGGACAUUGGCGGCUUUUAGGCUAGCUGGCAGUAGUAAAGCUCUUGGGGCAGCGCAAGCUCCUGUUGUUGCGCACAAUUCCACGCCGCACCGCUGAACUCUGUCCCUUGUCGCCUGGCAGCUUUGAUUGAGCUAUGCUGAGUGUGUCUUAUUAGAUUACAUCAUCAUUGGGUCUGAUUCCGGACGGAUCACCAUCAUCGAAUACGUGCCGUCGCAGAACCGGUUCAAUAGAAUCCAUCUUGAAACUUUUGGGAAAUCGGGAAUUCGACGCGUUAUUCCUGGACAAUAUUUAGCAGUCGACCCGAAGGGCAGAGCGUGCUUAAUCGCUUCGGUGGAGAAAAAUAAGCUAGUAUAUGUUCUGAAUAGAAAUACCCAGGCGGAGUUAACGAUAUCAUCGCCGUUGGAGGCCCAUAAACCCCAGACAUUGGUUUUUGCCUUGGCGGCGCUUGACGUUGGGUAUGACAACCCGAUAUUUGCAGCUCUGGAAGUUGAGUACGCUGAGGCAGACCAGGAUCCCACGGGCCAGGCCUAUGAAGAAUUGGAAAAACAUCUCGUUUACUACGAACUCGACCUAGGUUUGAAUCAUGUGGUCAGGAAAUGGUCUGACCCAGUCGAUCGCUCCGCGACGAUGCUCUUUCAAGUUCCUGGCGGUGCAGACGGCCCUAGUGGCUGUCUUGUGUGUGCAGAGGACAACAUCACCUACCGUCACUCAAAUCAGGAUGCCUUCCGUGUACCUAUUCCGCGUCGCAGUGGGCCCACAGAAAAUCCAGAACGAAAACGUUACAUAACAGCUGGCGUUAUGCAUAAAAUGCGUGGUGCAUUUUUCUUCUUGCUACAGACCGAAGAUGGAGAUCUUUUCAAGGUUACCAUUGACAUGGUGGAGGAUGACAAUGGCCAGAUCACCGGGGAGGUUAGAAGAUUGAAACUAAAGUACUUUGACACUGUGCCCAUUGCUUCGAGCUUGUGCAUUUUGAAAAGUGGCUUCCUCUUUGUCGCAAGCGAAACGGGGAAUCACCACUUCUACCAAUUUGAAAAGCUUGGCGAUGACGAUGAUGAAAUCGAGUUUACCAGUGACUCGUACUCUGCAGACCCUUCAGAACCUCUCGCUCCUGCAUACUUUCGCCCACGGCCUUAUGAAAAUGUCAACCUCGUCGAAAGUAUCAAUUCAUUGAACCCACUGAUGGAUUGCAAGGUCGCGAACUUGACAGACGACGACGCUCCUCAAAUAUACACCAUAUGCGGCACCGGCGCGAGAAGCAGCUUCCGUACCCUUAAGCACGGCUUGGAGGUAUCUGAAAUCGUCGAAUCUGAACUACCAAGCGUACCAUCAGCCGUUUGGACUACUAAACUCACACGUGAAGACGAAUUUGAUGCUUACAUCAUCUUGUCUUUUUCUAAUGGAACGCUCGUUCUCAGCAUUGGCGAAACAGUAGAAGAAGUAACAGAUACUGGAUUCCUAUCUUCUGCACCAACUCUUGCUGUCCAGCAACUAGGAGAAGACUCUUUAAUCCAAGUUCAUCCGAAGGGUAUACGCCAUAUCCACGCUGACAGAAGAGUUAACGAAUGGCCAGCACCGCAACAUAGAUCGAUCGUUGCAGCUACAACAAACGAGCGCCAAGUUGCCGUCGCAUUAAGCUCCGGUGAGAUCGUUUACUUCGAGAUGGAUACGGAUGGUUCACUUGCAGAAUACGAUGAGAAACGAGAAAUGUCUGGCACAGUCACAUGUCUUAGCUUGGGUGAGGUCCCAAAAGGACGUGCGAGAAGUUCAUUCCUCGCUGUGGGUUGCGACGACUCUACUGUCCGUAUUUUGAGCCUGGAUCCAGAUUCAACACUGGAAAAUAAGUCUGUCCAAGCUCUUACGUCGGCACCAUCAGCACUAUCAAUUAUGGCGAUGUCUGAUUCCACAUCUGGUGGAUCCACACUUUAUCUGCAUAUUGGCCUGUAUUCGGGUAUUUACCUCCGCACAGUGCUUGACGAAGUGACCGGAGAACUAUCAGACACUCGUACGAGAUUUCUUGGCUUAAAGCCUGUAAAGCUUUUCCAAGUUUCUGUGAAAGAACAGAAGGCUAUUCUGGCAUUAAGCUCGCGUCCUUGGCUCGGUUAUUCGGAUUUGCAAACCAAAGCAUUCAUGCUUACCCCUCUGGAUUAUGUCGGUUUGGAAUGGGGUUGGAAUUUUAGUAGUGAACAAUGCAUCGAGGGAAUGGUUGGCAUCCAAGGACAGAAUCUUAGGAUCUUUUCUCUUGAGAAACUGGAGAAUAACCUCCUGCAGGAAACGAUACCACUUCAAUAUACGCCGCGACAUUUUAUCAAACACCCUGAACACCCACUAUUUUAUGUAAUCGAAGCAGACAACAACAUCCUUUCACCAGGCACAAGAACCAAACUUCUGAAUGACUCUGGUGCUGUCAAUGGUGAUGCGAUGGUCUUACCGCCGGAAGAGUUCGGUUACCCACGCGGGACUGGUCAUUGGGCAUCAUGCAUACAAAUUGUUGAUCCAGUAAAUUCGCAAAGCGUUAUUUCACAAAUCGAACUGGAAGAAAAUGAAGCUGCCGUUAGUGUGGCAGCUGUGACCUUUUCGAGCCAAGAUGACGAAACCUUCUUAGUCGUGGGAACCGGAAAAGAUAUGGUUGUUAACCCAAGGUCUUCCUCGGCCGGCUUCAUCUAUGUGUAUAGAUUCCAGGAAGAGGGCAAGGAGCUAGAAUUUAUCCACAAAACCAAAGUUGAGCAACCUCCGAUGGCCCUUCUUGGCUUCCAAGGGCGGCUUCUGGCUGGUAUUGGUACGGAUGUAAGAAUAUACGACCUGGGGAUGAGGCAGAUGCUUCGAAAAUGCCAGGCCUCAGUUGUCCCGCACCUUGUAGUGGGUCUGCAAACACAGGGUAGUCGAAUCAUCGUCAGCGACGUACAGGAAAGCGUGACCUACGUUGUCUAUAAAUACCAGGAAAACCGCCUCAUCCCAUUUGUGGACGAUGUUAUUUCUCGCUGGACCACUUGCACAACAAUGGUGGAUUACGAAACUGUUGCUGGAGGCGACAAGUUUGGGAACCUAUGGCUUCUCCGCUGUCCGGAAAAGGCGUCAGAAGAAGCCGACGAGGACGGAUCAGGAGCUCAUCUGAUUCAUGAACGACAAUACCUACAAGGUGCCCCUAAUAGGCUAAACCUUGUCGCCCACUUCUACCCUCAGGAUUUACCCACCAGCAUCCAAAAGGCGCAACUAGUAACGGGUGGCCGAGAUGUCCUCGUAUGGACCGGCCUUCAGGGGACUGUGGCGAUGUUAAUACCAUUUGUCAGUCGUGAGGAAGUGGAUUUCUUCCAAAGUCUGGAAAUGCAACUUUCGUCGCAGAACCCUCCGCUCGCUGGACGAGAUCAUCUAAUUUAUAGGAGUUACUAUGCCCCUGCGAAGGGAACCAUUGAUGGCGACCUUUGCGAAACGUAUCUUUUGCUUCCAAAUGACAAGAAACAACAGAUUGCCGGGGAGUUGGAUAGGUCGGUACGGGAAAUCGAACGGAAGAUUGCCGAUAUGAGGACAAAGGUAGCUUACUGAUCUAGGUUUGAGCAUGGAAAUCGGAGUUCGUGUUCUUUUUUUUCUUUUUGUUUUUCCUUUCGUUGGCCUCCAUGUACACUACUCGGCAAUUCUAUCCUCGGAGCCUCAAUGAUUGGGUUGCUUUAUAUCCUGGUAUAUUUCCUCUGGGUUUUAUUUUCUUGGCCGGCACAACUUGAGUAAGUUUAUUAACGCUUCAACCAAGUUGAAACUUAACGGAAGAUUAACGAACGAAAUUAAUAUAAUGGUUCCGCAUGGUACCGUGCUCAUAUUAUGAUUUUCUGCUUCGUGCAUUCCGUGACUGCCUGUCCUCUUAGCAAAUGCUUGGAUUAUUUCGAAAACACAAAAAGUGAAGGUAGUCUCCUUCCUCGCUCGAUCUGUUUACGUUUUCAAUCGUCAGAUCUUGAGCUGGAUGCACCCCAUUCCAUCAUUUUCCCCUCUCUCCCUGUGGAGAUUUUGGGAGGGUUAGGUAGCGAUGGGGUGUUUGAGACGAGAAUAAGGGAAGAGAGAAUAAUAUUCUUUUUCCCUUCCUGACAACGAUCUUUGAGUACGACCCCGUCCAUUUCUUCUCCAAGAUUCUGGGAUCGUAAUAUAUCAGUUGCUACAAGAUUAUAAUAAUUGCUGGAAAGAAUACAAUUUUAGUUUUUUCUAUUUCUGAUUUGUUUCCUCUUCUUCUUUCUUACUAUUGCGCUUUGAGGAGCUUCUUGGACAAAGAAUUCGUUUUUCUUACCCCGAUUCUUUCUAGGUAAAUAUAUUUAUUUGACCAGGCUGCAUCGCCCCUCUGUGAAGCCUAAAAAUGAAUUCGCCUUUACCCACCUCAAACACUCCACCCCUUAAUCCUGCCUGUCGCUGGGUGUCACUUCACCUCACGACCACAAAGCUAGCUUUUCAUUAUGGAAUGUGAAGCCAAGAUGGACUAAAAUGUCUUUACUACCAGCCGUAGCAACGGAGGGUCUUACCUUGGACAAAACUCUCCAUGGCCACUGGGAGAGUCGGCAGUUCGACUCCCACCUUUGCGUCUAGCUCCCGAAGGCAGGUUAGAUGAUCUAGGCACUCCCAAAUGAAAGGACUUGGGGGUGUGAAUAGGUUUGAUACUUUAGUACGAGCUGCUGCGUUUGAGAUAUUAUCCAGCUUUGUGUGCUUUUGUUAGCACUUCCUUGCUUCCUUUCUGUAUACUGCUCCUAGGACUGAUGCAGCAGUAUACUGAAAUUCACUCAUGCUGAUUGAGUGGCAGACAAAGAAGAUAACCUGCAGGUCCGCUUUCACACAAG